AUUUCAUUAAUUUAAAGUUCAAGAGAAGGCGUGUUUUUAUCUGGUUUUCUUAUUGAUACAAUAUGAUCAAAUGUCUUUUAUACGGAAUAAGAGUUUAUCAAUAAACAAGCAACGGCCGUCCAAUAACCCUUAUAAGCAAAUGGAUAACAGCGACACAAAGGAUACUAAUAAAGACGAUCUUGGAGAGGGAUCUUCAAGCACUCCGUUUAUUUCCUUCACUCCAAAAGCCACCACUGAUCUCAACCGUCGUUUUACACAGAAAAGAAACUCACCUAGUAUGGCAGAAUUUAUAACAGAGUUUGAGCAAGAAAGAAGACCUUCACCGCCAAUAUUGCAGUCACCUAUCUCUACCCCCAUAGAUCGAAAUGAUUCAUACUUUGGUGUUGACAGUGCAACAUCCUCUGACGAUAACGAAGAUUUCUCGGAUACGGCUCGAUUGACAGCCAACGCAUCCGCAAUGUCAGGUUAUCACGAUAACAGCCAAGGCAGUAGUAAUGAUCAUCUUCAUCCCAGUAUGAUUUUCGAAGAAAAUGCAUAUGGAAGGGAUCCAGUGUUCAAUACAAACUUCAACAAUAGUCGAAUUUCUUUUCAAAGCCGUCCUGGAAGUAGGCUUUAUGAGCCUGCUCAUAUUGACCCAGAAGUUGACCAGAGAGCAAGAAGGCUCAAUAAGAUCCUUCACUUUGACAAGAAAGCACUGAUCAGAGCUCUUUCGAGAUCGAUAAGACAAGCUUCUAGAAGAGUGGUCGACAUACAUAAUUUAAACAACCAUACAGAUUUGGAUGUCCAACUCGCUAAAAAUCAAAUUCAGGAACCAACAGAUCAGAACAAUAAAAUUAGUGAACAAGCCACACUGAUGAAAAAAGGAAUCCACUACAGUAAAGACCGGGGAAAUACCAUUGAAGUUAUACCCAUGGCUAGAACCUCUUCAGGAAAAAGCAUAGAGAAUUCGUCAACCAAUGGCAGGUUACCACACAAUCACAAUAUCCAACAAAAAGAUACCAAGCACGUUAUAGAGUUAAAUGGAAAAAGCUUAAAGAUCUUUUCACCUACAAAUCCUAUACGACUAUUUUUUGCAAGCAUUCUGUGUUGGAAAUGGCUUGAGACACUUGUUAUGGCAUUGAUUGUAUUACAUGGUGCAGUAUUGCUCGUGAUUGGCUGGGGCACAAAUCCUGAUCCAGUUCCACCAAACACAUGGACUCCAACUUGGGAUCAAGCUAUUCUUUUGGUUAUAUUCUCUUUUUAUACCCUCUUUAUGAUCUUUCGCAUUAUAGCACAUGGUGUCUUUAUCAAUUCAACUCCCAACAGGCAAACAGCAUUCUUGAGACAUAGUUGGAACCGUGUCGAUUUUGUGGCAAUUGCUGCUUAUUGGAUUGAUUUAGCAUUGUUGUGUACUCAAGAAGAAAUUAUAGGCGAUGCACGAAGAAUACUCAUAUUCAAGAUGCUUUCUGCUUUGAUUUUGCUUCGAUUGCUUAAUUUGACAGAUGGUAACAAGGUUAUCCUAAACAGUUUGAAAAAAGCUGCUCCUUUGUUGGUCAAUGUACUUUUUUUUGUGCUAUUCUUUUUUAUUAUUUCAGCAAUUGUAGGCGUACAGUCAUUCAAGGGCUCUUUUAAACGCCAUUGCGUUUGGUAUGACCCAAACAAUUCAAGCAAUGUACAAGAGACACAGCAAUACUGUGGUGGAUAUAUCAAUGCAACUGGACAAGUAGUUCCAUACAAGUUUAAGGACGGUAGUAAUGCGCCCUGGUCAAAGGGUUUUAUUUGUGAAAAUGGUCUUGUUUGUGAGGAAACUGAGAAUCCAUUUGGAGGCACUAUUAGUUUUGAUAAUAUUUUUGAAUCAAUGCUUAUUGUGAUGAUUAUUACGGGUGUACAAUCAUGGACAGAUCGAAUGUAUGACAUGAUGGAUGCCGAAUAUUCAGCUGCAAGUUUUUACUUUAUCAUCAUUGUUAUUGUCAUGAAUUUUUGGCUUAUCAACCUGUUUAUUGCAGUUAUUACUGAAAUGUUUGCCAAAGUGAGAGAAGAUUCGCAGCAUUCUGCAUUUACUAGUUCGAAUGCAAAGCCAAUUUUGGGUGAUACAAAUGAAGAAGAUGGCUGGACUUUUCCUGAACAGAAUGAAAUUAUAAAAAGUAGACAAAGAAAGAAAUCAAUCCUUGCUGUUAUCGUGAAAUACAUGAAACCGAUCUGGCUUACUCUUGUCGUCAUUGAUUUGUUGUGUAUGGCCGCCAAAAACGUCAAUAUGUCUGCCAAAGAACUAGCAACAUUAGACAUGUUAGAAAACGCAUUUUCAAUUGCUUUUCUAUUUGAAAUAUUGCUCCGUAUGACAAGUCAAAUAAGAGAUUUGAAGGGAUUCUUCAAGGACAAGAUGAAUGCGACUGACUUUUUGAUUGCUCUGGUUACUUGCAUCAUUCAAAUACCUCCUAUUCGCCAGUACAAUUAUGUCUAUGUCUGGUUUACAGGCUUUCAAGUCUUGCGUAUUUAUCGUUUGGUUGCAGCAGUACCUCGUCUAAGAAGAUUAAUGUCUCGAGUUUUAGGAAGUCUUCGUGGUUUAAUCAACUUGACAUUCUUUAUUGUUUUAGUGACAAUCCUUUGUGCUAUUAUUGCAUUUCAAUUACUUGAGGGUGUUAUUGGCUCUGAUGCUGAUGAUAGCGAAAUGCGAUUUUUCUCUAUAUACAACUCAUUUGUUGGUCUUUAUCAACUGUUUUCUGGCGAGGAUUGGACAACUGUGCUUUACAAUAUUAUGGAAGCAGGUGCUGAUAAUAACAACAGUGCCAUUUAUGCUUUGUUCUUGGUUUUUUGGUUUGCCUUUUCUAAUUUUGUAUUGGUAAACUUGUUUAUUGCUGUUCUUAUGGAAAAUUUUGAAAUUGCAGAAGACGAUAAGAGAAAGAACCAAGUACAGAAUUUCAUGAAAAAGACAGAAAAUGAAUUAGAAAAGAAGACUGUAGUCAGCAGAUGGAACAUUUACAGAUACUUUAAGCCACAAGCAAAAGGGCUUGAUAUCAAAAACAUACCUGGCAACCUUGUCUUAUCUGUUCAAAAGAGCAUUGUCCGGGAAUUUAUGAACGAAGCAACAGAUCAUACUGUACCUGAACCCAGUUUACAGCCAGUAAAGCGAGCAGUAGUACCCAGUCAAAAGAGCCGAUUGCUCGGUAAAGUGCAAGCUUUUUUGACAGACUUGUUUAUAGACGCAAAAGAGAACGAACAACAAAUCAAUAAUCGUAACCGAACAAGCACAUUUGUUGAUACAGUUAACGCAUUUGAUCAAGUUGGUACCUUGUACGAUUUCCGUAAAAAGGGCGAAGCGCAUGAUAUGAAUGAGCCUCGUUCUUUGAGAUAUCUGGUUGAUCCUUCUUUACGCGAAACUGUUGCUAACCGAUACCAACAAGAAACUGCUGACCUCGAUAUUGAAGAACGAAAGGCCUUGAAGCGAGAUUUCAUUAAAGCCCAUCCUUCUUAUGAUAAAUCGUUGUACAUUUUUUCGCACAAUAAUAGAAUCAGAAGAUGGUGCCAAUUGAUUGUUCCUCCUAGUCGUGGAGAACGUGUGUUCGGUAGACCUGCUUCUCGUUGGGGUAGUGUUACUUUCUUGACAAUCAUCACUUGCUGUGUUAUCGUCAAUGUUGUCCUCACUAUCUAUAACUCACCUGUUUAUCAAUACGAGCAUAGGGAUAAUCCAUCUGCUAUCCAGCCUUUUACUUUUGCAGACUAUGCUUUUACUGCUAUUUUUACAGUGGAAUUUAUUAUCAAAGUGAUUGCCGAUGGAUUCUUUUUGACACCAAAUGCUUAUCUUUUGAACGGAUGGAAUAUACUUGAUUUGUUUGUUUUGAUCACAAUGUACAUGUCCAACUUUGGUCACUUUGCUGCAGCAACUGGUUUAGAACGUGGUUUCCGUGCUUUCAAAGCAUUAAGAGCAUUGCGUUUAAUCAAUUUAUUAGGUCCUGCCAAAGAAACGUUUACUUCAAUUUUAGUUACUGGUUUGCCUCGUCUUAUUGACGCAGCUGUACUUGGUCUAUGUAUUAUUAUUCCUUUUGCUCUUUAUGGCCAGAAUAUCUUUAUGGGUCUAUUCUAUAACUGCAAUGAUGAAGAAAACGAUAAAGCUCAAUGCCUGUAUGAAAAUUCCCUGGGAACUCAAGAACCCAUGCCAGAAGAUACAAGCAUUUACAUGCCUCGUAUUUGGAAUAAUCCAUAUGUCUACAGUUUUGAUUCUUUUUGGAGUUCUUUAUUGAUUUUAUUUGAAAUUGCAAGUGGUGAAGGUUGGAUCGAUGUACUCACUACAAGUAUGGGUAUCACCGGAAAAGAUAUGGCUCCACAAGCAGAUGCUAGUCAAUUAUGGGGUAUUUACUUUAUGGUCUAUAACUUGGCAGGUUCUGUCUUUGUGAUUUCAUUGUUCCUUGGUGUAGUCAUCGAAAACUUUACAAAAAGAAAUGGUACAGCUUACCUAACAAGUGAUCAACGACGUUGGUUAGAUCUCAAGAAGCUACUUAAUCAAAUCCGACCUGCCAAGAGGCCCAAGACAGUACCCAAAAAUCCUAUUCGCAAAAUUUGCUAUGAUUUCACAAUUGAGAAAAGAGGAAAGUUUUAUAAGUCCAUGACAGCAAUUAUUCUGUUGAACAUUGUAUUUUUGUGUGCUGAUACUGCUCGCGACGAAGACGAUGUCAUUGACAAUGGUGCUUCUGGAUGGAGUCGUACAAAAGUCUAUAUUUACCUUACUUUUAUUUCUAUUUACUGGAUAGAAAUCAUGGUCAAAGUAUUGGGCCUUGGCUGGAAGUCUUUCCGACGCAACACAUGGAAUCUGUUUGAUCUUAUUAUGGUGAUUGGCAGUGCUGUAACUGCUAUCAUUACUUUGGGUUAUCCCAACUUACAAGUGAAUGUUGAAUUCCAAAAACUGUUUAUGACAGCUCUUUGUUUCAAACUAGUGCAACGAAGCGAUGGACUCAAUCAACUUUUUACUACUAUGGCUGCUUCGUCAUAUCAAAUCAUGAAUGUGUUUGCUGUAUGGCUUGUAGUUAUGAUAACUUAUGCAAUCAUGUUUAUGCAGAUUUUUGGUUUGACUAAAUAUGGUCCUCAAGCAACUACAGAACAUAUCAACUUUCGAACAUUUUCAAACACAAUGAUCUCUCUUGUUCGAUACUCUACUGGUGAAGGUUGGAAUUCAGUCAUGCAUGAUUUUACAGUAGAAUAUCCUAAUUGUGUGGUUGCUGAGAAUUACUUGGAUAGCGAUUGCGGUUCACUCAGUUGGUCUUACUUUUUAUUCUUGUCAUUCAACAUCAUUUCCAUGUAUAUCUUCAUCGCCAUCUUUGUUGCCGUCGUAGCUGAUAACUUUUCUUAUGUUUAUCAAAUUCAAGCAAACUUUUCUCUUGUCAACAGAGAUGAAAUCAGAAAGUUCAAGAUGACUUGGGCAUCCAUAGAUACAGAUAGAACUGGAUAUGUUAAGCCGGGUCAAUACAUGACCUUGUGGAGAAAAUUAGAGGGUAUCUUUACUGUUCGUAUUUUUGAACCCGAAUUUUCUUAUAAAAAUUUGGCCAAGGAAUGUGCUACUGAAAAUACAAGCAGUGAUCCUUAUCAACACAAUCUGAACUUGACUGCAUUAAAUGUCAAGCUCAAUGCAUUAGAUAAGCGAGAUAUCCAUGCCAAGAGACAUAAUCUAGAAAAGAUUUAUUGGGAAACUGCUCUUGUGGAAACUAGCUCUAGAGGGGUAUCAUUCAAUCAAAUGCUCUUAAUGCUUGCUCAAAGAAAACUAAUUGUUCCUGAAAACGCUCUUGUCUUAGAGGAACUAUUAGAGAAUCAAAAGAAAGAAGAAGCUAUCAAUACUCUGAUAUCAAUUGAUCGUGUCAGAGGUCUAAUUGAAACUAUUGCUACUAGAAGGAAAUUUCUAAAACACCUGGAAAGCAAAAGACAACAAGAAGGUAACGCAUAGUAACGAUAUAUAAAUAUCUUUAUAAUUUGCUCUCUAGUUCCUGCCAUUGUUAUCGAUGAUGCUGCACCUCAAAAAACACCCAUUGUGUUCCAUGAAAACAUGUCCCAUAAUGGUGAAUCGCCUAGGUCUUUACGUUUCAAUCGUGGUUCAUUGUAUGAUCACUAUUUAUCAAGUGAUGAAGAGGAAGGUUUUGAGGUGGAUGAGGAAGAAAACAAUCAUAAUUUUACGUCUCAAGAAAACAAUACAGAAAACAUAAUUGAGGACGUUGCAUCCUAUGAUGUUUGGGAAGGUAGGCCUUUUUUUUCUUUAUCUUAUUGCAUGCAUUAAUCAUUCUUUCAUUUAAAAAGAAAUGCUGAGGAACGAAGAGAAGUCCAAGUGAAACAUUGAUACAUAAAUAAAUAGACAAAGUAGAUGU